AUGUUCUACCCAACAGUCGCCGAUGAAGGCAGCUCCUUUGAUGACUUCUUCAACGAGGAUAUGUACCGACAUGACGGUAGCGAUGAGGAUACCAAAGCCCCAUUCGACGAAUUCCAAGACCUCUUCAAUGAUGCCUUCAACCAGGACGAAUUCAAACUCCCGACUCUGGAUACCUCUGCAACGAAGAGCGGGCACUCACCUCAGCCGUGGCGACAAGGCGUCUGGUGUCUGAAGCAAAGGCAGCAGCCUCCCAAAUUGACUGUGGAAAAAACUCGGAGACACGACACAAAGAGAGCAGAGCCCAUACAAACAAUGAACAACCUCAAUCAUCACCUUCACCGUGCGCUUGGGCCAGUGUCGCCACUUGAAAUCACCUCACCCAGUCGCACAAAGAGAUUCGUAACCUCGCCCACCGCUGAUGGAUAUGACCCAACGACAUACGUACGGCCUCCGUUCUCUCGCGAAACCACUCUGUCCCCAAGCCCAAUGUAUGCGCAAUUACCAAUUUCACCUCGGCCCGGCCAUGCCGAUACGAGCAACUGGCAGCAGGAAUUCCAAGAUUUCCACUUGCGCUUGCCUCAUGAUCGUCAUUUCCAAGCGCAGUCAAAUCCAGGAAAGCAAGGGGCAGAGGCGCAAUUGGCGCGCAACAUGAAUGCUGCCAUAAUGGCGCAUAAUCAGAGUGUCAACAGUCUGGCUCCAGGUUAUGUUGGUACAUAUGGUGUGACAGCAUACGCGGGAGCGGGCGCCAUCGACCCUCUGCUGCUCAGUCCGCAAUAUGAGAAGCCUCGGGAAGACCAUCAUGGUUUCAAUCACGACUGCCAGGAUCGUCUCACCGCACAUGCGCUAAGCUCAAUGCCAUCCCCGAUAAGUGCGAGCAUGCCAUCAUCAAACAGUUCGAUCCACUCGCAAGCGGCAAGGACACAUACCUCGAACACCAGUCUCAGUGUGCAAUCUUCACAGCCUUACUUUUCGCCGCCGAUGAUGGCUACUGCUCAUCCGCCUCUCCCAUCAUUGGCACCGGAGGAGACUUACCCUGCACUAGCAGCUCCAACUCCGCAGCGGAUGCCUCACCCAAUCCUGCAUCAGCGAAACGACAAGCCAGCGACAGGACUGGGAAUACAAUACCCCGAGCUGGAACAGAUGAGCCAAGCAGUACUAUACGAGCCGCAGCAUUUUCUGCCACCGGCUUGCGCGACCAUUGGUGUUGCAGUACCAUACCCUGCAACAACAACAGCACCCAGUUCGAUGUGUUCAUACCCGCCUCUUCCACCACCUCCAACGCGGAUAUUUUCUGGCUUGUCUCCAUUCAGCACUCCCCGCAAACAACGGAGGUCACCGUCCCGGUCACCCUCGCCGCCAGUAUCCCCAGCCACGAUCAGUCCGCGCCGCAAUCCUCGGCGUUCACCAAACCGCAGUGUAACCGACUACAGUCAGAGUCGUCGGAAAUCCAUCCACAAACCAGGGCCGAUCAAGGACGCCUCUGCACAAGAACCCUUCCCAACGGAACGAGCCAGAUCGUCAUCGCGACCUCCUCGAACACCCAAAGCACCCAAGACCCCGACAGGUGGCGGCGCGGUGAUUGAUUUCGUCAAUUUCACGCCCAAAGACGCGUCAAAGCUGCUGAAUGAUGUGGCGCCCAGUGGUAGUUCCAAGACAAGGGCUAGAAGAGAGCAGGAGGCGAGAGACAAAAGGAAGAAGUUGAGCGAGGCGGCAAAGAAGGCUGUGAUGGUUGCGGGAGGCGAUGUUGCUGCAUUUGAGAGGGCGAUCUUCACCUAA